UGCUGGCAAGACAUCAGAGGACCCACCGUCUCCUGUAUCUAUGGCAUUUGCACCUCCUAGAAACAUGGAUGGCCCCAAGCUGCAGACCAAGAUGAGCACAUGGACUCCACUGAACCAUCAGCUCAUGAAUGAUAAGGUAUUCGAGGAAAGAAGAGCCCUGCUUGGGAAAUGGUUUGACAAGUGGACAGACAGUCAGAGGCGGAGGAUCCUGGUGGACCUGUUAGAACGCUGCUCCCCGUCACAGCAGAAAUUCUGUACCAAGCAGCUACAGGAUCGAGUCCCCACCGAGGCUCUAGAUUUUACCACAAGGCUUCCUAGAGUCCUGUCUUUAUACAUCUUUUCCUUCCUGGACCCACGGAGCCUCUGUCGAUGCGCACAGGUGAGCUGGUACUGGAAGUACCUGUCUGAACUGGAUCAGCUCUGGAUGCUGAAAUGCCUGCGUUUUGGCUGGUACAUCAACUUCUCUCCAACCCCCUUUGAGCAAGGAAUCUGGAAGAAACAUUAUAUUGAGAUGGUGAAAGAGCUGCAGGUCACGAGACCAAAGACUCCUUCAAAGGAUGAGUUUGUAGUUAUUGAUGUGCAACCGGUAAGAAGCAAUGUCCCAGAGGCAAAACUUUCUGUGCCAGGCAGGAGGACAAACAAGGCGAAAAAAGAGCUCCCGCCGUGGCGUUCAUCAGACAGGCAUCCUACAGACACCAUCCGAUUCAACUACCUCGACAACUACGAUCCCAUCGAGCAGGCUAGGCAGGCGAGAAAAAAAGGAGGAGGGGAGACCCCAGACCUUAGCCGGCAGGCAGCUGAGGAAAGAAAGAGAGCAGGUCGUGGAUCUAAUAAGCUCCAGAAGGCAAAAUCACUGCUGUCACUUUCUGCAGAUCUUGAGUCGGUUCCAAAACCACCAGUUCGUCCCAGCUGGGCCACUCCCCAGUCAAAUGGGCACCUGCCCUCCAAAGCAGCAGCAAAGACCCUGGCCCAGAACUCCCAGUGGAACGCUGGGAUACGACCAGCACCUGUUCGAGCUCCAGUGCCAAAGCCACGUGGAAGAGGAAAGAAAGACUUCACAAGGACAAACACCGGGUCCCCACCAUCUCCACUGUUUGAGGCUCAGCCCUGGCACCUUCCUCCAUCUAACCAAGGAUCUGACACAGAGUAA